GUCUUUGACCCUUGCUUGGCUUGAUGGCACGUUUGAUCCUGAUAGUGACCGACUUGAUGAAUUGUGUCAACAGCGCUUUACGUGAUGGGGCCCCUGGUUGGAACUGCUGGUUCCUACUUAUAUAUCCAACCUAAUUAUGCUCGGCGACACUAGCGCCUCCUACAUACUGGCUCUCUCUCAAGAAUAUGGAUUUACAAACCUCCAACAACUUCUCAACCCUCCAGCUCCGGGAUUAUGUUUUCGUAUCACUAGCGGUUUUUUGGGUCUACGAUUGUUUCCUGACCUUGGACCAGGAGAUAUAUUUGAUUCAUGGGCUACCGUGGAAGAAAGGGAGCAUUCUUUAUGUCAUGACAAGAUACUCCCCAGCCUUCUUGCUCUGUGUGCAUUUAUACAUGAAUCAUGUCCAGAAUGAACAUUUUAUGACGUGUACAUCCCUACAUUCGGUGUGGUAUGAAGGUAUCUUCGUCCUUCGCACCUAUGUAUUAUGGGGACGGAAGAAAUCCAUUAUGGGCCUUAUAUUGGCAACGUUACUCUGCCUGGUGAUCUUGGACGUAGUAAUGACCACAACAAUCUCGAAUCAGUUAGAACUCCAACCAUCAGACAUGGGCUGGGGUUGUUAUUCACCGACAGACACCAAAAUGACUGCAGCUCCUUGGACACUUCUGGUAGCAUUCGAGCUUGAGAUCAUAGCACUCACCAUGAUUCGUGUAUAUCGGGCAUACCGCGAAAGAGGAUGUCUGCUGCUUGAUGUCCUUCUGCAACACAGCAUUUUUUAUUUCGGAACUGGGUUAACACUAUCGGUGGUUAAUAUUCUAUCCAUCGUAUGCCUGCCGUACGACUCCUCAAAUAUAGUUGCAACGUUUCAAAUCAUCAUGCAUUCAAUCGUUGUUACUCGUAUGCACCUACAGUUUUGUGGCACCCCUCAGGUUGGCGGUUCGUCUGAGUCUGGGAUAACACCACACUCUCAGUUGACACACAUUGAACUUGAAACGUCUUUGCACUCGAAUGCAUGAUGUAUCCAGCGCCUUUCAUUUAGAUAUACUAGAUUUUUCCCGUCAUCUUGCAAAGAUUGUCGGAGUCAGGAAUCAGACACUCUGGUGAUCAGAGACUCAAAACCGAGUAAUCUACCUAGAAGGCAAUAUAUCUGCGAAC